UCUAGUUCGAAUAGAAAGCCGAACAUUGCCACUUGAUUUCGAAAGAUAGGACAUCAAACUCAUUUUGGACUCAACAGCCGCGGGUAUUUUCCAUUCGGUGCUACCGGAGUUUCACAAUUAUGCAUGGGAAACCCUUUCGUUAAAAUAGAACACGAGCAUCUUUUUACCACCUCCAUCAACUCGAAAUAUACGGCACUCCGAAAUUUCCACUCAUCCAAAUCAGUCUCGAUGGACGCAAGCAGCAAGAAAGGUACGAUCGCGGUGAUCGGCGCCGGUCCUGCAGGCCUAGCAGCGGCCAGGUAUUUCACUGCGGAAGAUUCGCUCUUCGACUGCCAGGUUUUCGAGCAGGGCGAUGAUUUAGGCGGCACCUGGCGCCUCUCCGAAUUCGUCGACAAGGACGAUAAGGGCAGGAAGGUGCAUUCCAGCAUGUACAAAAAUUUGAGGACUAACUUGCCAAAGGAAAUUAUGUGCUACCCUGACUUCCCCUUUCCAACCUAUCCCGAAUCAUACGUGCCAAGCGAGAAGGUGUUGAAAUAUUUGCAGGACUUUGCAUCGCAUUAUCAACUGCGUAAAUUUAUAAAGUUUAAUCGAAGUGUGGUGCAAGUUCGACCAUUUAAAAAGAACGACGAUGACACGGUCAAUUGGGAAAUCAAAACCCGUGAUUAUCUCACGGACGAAGAGUUUACUGAUUAUUUUGCAGGGGUUGCAGUUUGCAACGGGCAUCACUCUGAACCCGUCAUUCCCGCAAUCGAGGGCAAACAGGAGUUUGAUGGCUUCAUAAUGCACAGUCAUGCCUAUCGCGAAUCUUGCCCCUUCAAAGGACAAAGAGUGCUCGUCGUCGGAGCGGGGCCAUCUGGACUAGACAUCGCUUUAGAAGUGUCCAAAGUCGCCUUGAGAGUCAGCUUAAGCCACCACUUGAAAUCCUCUCAAAUCAAUUUCAAAGGGAAGCCUGUGCAGCAAGUGACCGACAUUCUGCGACUGGCUCCAGGGAAACGAGUCGAAUUCGUGGACGGCACGAAAGACGAGUUUGACGCAAUCAUAUAUUGCACAGGAUACGAGAACAGCUUUCCAUUUCUGCACGAGGAUUGUAAAAUAACCACCGACGGUUUCGGCGUGGAGCCGCUUUACAAGCACAUGAUCAAUAUCGAGCAUCCGACAAUGUGUUUGACCGGCCUCGUGACUUUCGUCUGUCCGUUCCAACUUCUUGACCUCCAGGCCCGUUUCUUCUACAGCUUAAUGAGCGGAAAAUUCCAGUGUGCCGACAAGAGUGAAAUGUACCGAGAGCUGAAGGCGGACCAGCACUGGCGGAGAAACAAAGGCUACGGCCCGCGGCAGGCACACAAACUGGGUGCUUUGCAGCAGGAGUACUACGACGAGCUGGCCAAAAUCGCCCACAUCAAGAGCAUCGACGUGGUUGUCUCGAAAUUGGGCCUCGAGAGCACCAAACGCAUCUUCUCCGAUUUGUGCAGCUUCCGCGAGGCCAAAUUCAAGCUUCUCGACGACAAGAACUAUCUCGAGCUGUAGUGCGGCUCAAAAAGGCAUUUCCUGCAGUAUGAACAUUUACCGUUUCGAUCAAUAAUGCACUUUGUAACUGUUUUUUUAAUGGAAACUUUUUUUGUAGGGAGUUAGUGAGGUGGAAUAAAUUAAACCAACCUUACGCAGACAAAUUCGAUUCUUUUUAAAGAUGUUCAUCCAGCUGAAAAUCAUGAGAGCCGUCAUAGAAAAACAUCGAGAGCUUUGAUUCUUUUGAAUUAUCUUUGGUGCAGACACUGUUGCGUUUAUUUAUUUAAUAUUUUG